AACGACGCUGGGAAGCAGGAUGUAGCGGUCCGCGGUGCAGGCCAUCUUCACGCCAAAACAUCAAAGGGUAUUCUCCUUUUGCGUCGCAUUUCUUUCGUAUGAUUUCCCCAUUUUCACUCGUUUCCGAUCGAUAGCACGCGAGGACGACUGAACCGCGCGGUAUUCGUGCACCGGGAUCGGGAACAACAUGUCCUAUAUCCUGGACGCGGCGUCUAAAGUGAAAUGGGACCGUACGACCGCCGCGAAACGAGCCGUGGUCCUGGCGGCCGCCGCCUACGGCAUCAGGACCCUGUAUCCCAUCAUCUGGAAACGUGUCUCGAGGCGGCAGGGCUGCAGGAACAACACGCAGAUCUCCAAGGUGGAGAACGGCUCAACGGCUCUGGUGGUGAAGUCCUUCGCGGAGCCCAAGAAGAAGCCCUCCCCGGAGCUGAACGCUCUGUUCUUCAAGCAGAUACUGGACCUCCUCAAGAUCCUCUUCCCCAAACUCCUGUCAAAAGAGCUGGCCUUGCUGUCGUUACACUCCGUCGCGUUAAUCUCAAGGACGUUUCUGUCCAUAUUCGUGGCGAGUCUGGACGGGAAGAUCGUCAAGUCGAUCGUUGAGAAGAACCCGCAGAACUUCAUGCUGCAGCUGAUGAAGUGGCUGCUCAUCGCCAUCCCGGCCACCUUCGUCAACAGCGUGAUCCGCUACCUGGAGUGCAAGCUGGCGCUGGCGUUUCGCACGCGGCUGGUGGACCAUGCCUACCGGACCUACUUCACGGACCAGACCUACUACCGGGUCAGCCACAUGGACGGGCGGCUGGCCAACCCGGACCAGUCUCUCACCGAGGACGUCAUGAUGUUCUCCCAGUCCGUGGCGCAUCUCUACUCCAACCUCACCAAGCCCAUCCUGGACGUAGUCCUCACGUCCUACACGCUGAUCCAGACCGCCCGCUCCAGGGGGGCUAACGCCACGGCGCCCACUCUGCUGGCAGGCCUGGUGGUCUUCGCCACGGCCAAGGUGCUGCGCGCCUGCUCGCCAAAGUUCGGGAAGCUGGUGGCGGAGGAGGCGAACAGGAAGGGGUACCUGCGCUACGUGCACUCCAGGAUCAUCGCGAACGCCGAGGAGAUCGCUUUCUAUGCGGGACACAGCGUGGAGAUGCGGCAGCUGCAGAAGUGCUACGCGGCGCUGGCCGACCAGAUGAACCUCAUCCUGUCCAAGCGGCUGUGGUACGUCAUGGUGGAGCAGUUCCUCAUGAAGUACGUGUGGAGCGCCGCCGGCCUGGUCAUGGUGGCAGUGCCCAUCAUCACCGCCACCGGAUUCGCCGACAUGGAAGUGGUUGACGGCCCGGUCCAGGUGAUGGUGAGCGAGCGCACGGAGGCGUUCACCACGGCCCGUAACCUGCUGGUGUCCGGUGCCGACGCCAUCGAGAGGAUCAUGUCCUCGUACAAGGAGGUGACGGAGCUGGCGGGCUACACGGCGCGUGUGCACAACAUGUUCCUGGUGUUUGGCGAGGUGCAGCGGGGCGUGUACAAGCGCUCCGAGGAGUCCACCACCGCCACCGGCGCCGAGAUGAAGAACCAGCCGUCGCUGCACAUCGAGGGCCCGAUGGAGAUCAAAGGUCACGUGAUUGACGUGGAUCAAGGGAUCGUGUGCGAGGACGUCCCCAUCAUCACCCCCAACGGAGACGUGGUCGUCUCCUGCCUCAACUUCAAGGUGGAGGAGGGCAUGCACCUGCUGAUCACCGGCCCUAACGGCUGUGGGAAGAGCUCUCUGUUCCGCAUCCUCAGCGGCCUCUGGCCCGUCUACGGGGGCGUGCUCUACAAACCCUCCCCCAAACACAUGUUCUACAUCCCCCAGAGGCCCUACAUGUCCAUCGGCUCCCUGCGGGACCAGGUCAUCUACCCGGACUCCGUGGAGGACAUGGAGGAGCGGGGGCUCAGGGACCCCCACCUCGAGGCCAUCCUGGACAUCGUCAACCUCAACCACAUCGUCACCCGGGAGGGAGGCUGGGACGCAGAGCUGGACUGGAAGGAUGUUCUCUCAGGAGGAGAGAAGCAGAGGAUGGGCAUGGCCCGCAUGUUCUACCACAGGCCAAAGUACGCACUCCUGGAUGAGUGCACCAGCGCAGUCAGCAUCGACGUGGAGGGGAAGAUCUUCCAGGCCGCCAAGGAUUCUGGCAUCUCCCUGCUGUCCAUCACACACAGACCCUCUCUCUGGAAGUACCACACCCACCUGCUGCAGUUUGACGGCGAGGGGGGCUGGCGCUUCGAGCAGCUGGACACGGCCACGCGCCUCACCCUCACGGAGGAGAAGCAGCGGCUGGAGUCCCAGCUCGCCGGGAUACCCAAGAUGCAACACCGGCUGGACGAGCUCUGCAACAUCCUGGGAGAGGACUCGGUGCUGAAGACCGCCCGCGAGUGACCGCCCGCGAGUCCAUCCCUCCUCGUCCCCCUCCUACAUCCCUAAUCCUCCUCCAUCUCUCUCUCUCCCUCCUCCUCCUCCUCCUCCAUCCCUCUCUCUCUCACCUUCUCUCAUCCUCUGCUCCUCCAUCCCUCUCUCUCUCACCUUCUCUCAUCCUCUGCUCCUCCAUCCCUCUCUCUCUCACCUUCUCUCAUCCUCUGCUCCUCCAUUCAUCCCUCUCUUUCUCCUUCUCUUAUCCUCUCCAUCCAGUAUUACCCCAUCACGUUUUGCUGUGUUUUUCCUGUUUUUUUUUCUCUUUUUUAACACAGUUUAGGUUUUUAAAGUACAAAAUAUUUAAUCUAGGAUCCACAAAUGUUUUUGUGAUCGUUUGCGAGGGCGUCUGUUUGUUUUUAGCACUUUAGGUUUAUUUUACCGUUCCCUUGUGGGGCUUGUUCAGGAUGGAUGGAACACAGGCUGAGUUUGGCAGGAAGCUAUGGAAGUUUAGCAGGAAGUUGAUGCUGAGUCAAGCAGGAAGUUGUUCUCAUCCACCAUUCGACAGCCUCCAAAACAGUAUUUGUCGGCGUCGAUGUGAGGGUUUCAGGCCGGUGGAUUUAACACGUCUAUUAGGAAUGGGAUUUAGAAUUUCUGAGAGCGUUUCUUCUCCAAGUGCCUGGUGUCCCCGCGGUAGCCAACGUGUGCGAUCCUAGGUGAUGGACACAGGGAACGACCUUUGACUUAUGAGAGUCAUUGGGUCGUCUGUUUAGUCCCGUUCCUCGUCGACGUCUGAAGCGCCUCACUUUCAGUAGAUGGGAUACACUCGCCCAGAACAAGUUUUUUUAUUUCAAUCAACAGCCAUAUUCAAUUUAUAUAUAUACUUUAUUUUGUGUAUGAUUGGUUAUUUUAAAUCUUGAAUACCAGUUCUCAAAAGCAUACUAAAUCGACAGCAAAUAUUCACCCAGUGGAGAGCUGUACAAUCCAAUCCUUAAUCCUGAUUGGUCAAUUGACGUGCUUCGUUUGACCUUCAACCCGUUGGCUGAUGUUAUGAACCAUUUUUUUAAAACUUUCAAUAUGACAUGUGGUGUUUUUUGUUGACAUGCAGGUGGCAGUUUUACCAUCGUCAGUGGGAGUAGAUUAAAUCAAAUGGAUUAAAUCCUAUAAAUACGAUUUGCGUUUCCAUGUUGGCACAAACGGUUGGUGACAGAAACAGGAAGAGAGUGUGUGGAGAAGUUCAGUCUCCUCGUUGUUCAGGAAGGAGGCGCCACUGAGCUGGCGACAGCAGGCAGCCAUUUUAGGUCUGUUGUUGUGAGGCUGUUUAUUUCCGGUUUGUUGAACGAACACAACAAGCUGAGAGGGGCCGCUUUCUUUUUAGGGAGACGGCAAGAUGGCCGCUUUGUCUGUGACUUUCUGUCGGUCUCUUUUACCUUCUCACUUCUCACUAGCACUACACAAAUAUUGAUAGGAUAACUGCUGUAGGCACACACACACACACACACACACACACACACACACACACACACACACACACACACACACACACACACACACACACACACACACACACACACACACACACACACACACACACACACACACACACACGUGCUGCUACGUUCUCCGUAUUGACAAUGAAACCCUUAUUGGUCCAUCUGACGGUCCAACUGAUCCCAGCUGUUUUUGAUAUUUUUGUUGUUUGGUUCCACUAGGAUAAAAUCCCUACCACACAUCGCUGGAUAUAGAGAUAUAGGAUAUAUAUUGUGUGGUAUAAAUUGUGUCUUGUCCGCCCUCCUUCAAUACCCGUGUUUAUUUGUGAACAAAGGUCAAAGGUCAGGGGGGACUGGCGAGGUAUCUUUGCUCAGCGUCACUUGGGCAGAGGCUGUAGCGGAAGGCCUUGGGUUGAUGGCCUUCGAUCGGUCCUGAGGCUAGAAGAAGGAGAGUUUAGUUUGAUGUUGACGUUGUCAACCUGUUUUCCUACCAGCUGUCCUGAGAUCUGUGGUCAGAACUACAACUUGGUUUUUUUGGUCACACAUUUCAAUUGGUCACUCGCUUUUUAGGUAACUGGGAGCUGUCGCACAUGUGUAUGUGUGUGCUUAACCCUCACAAUCUGUGGUUGUUUCCAGUGCAGAGGGUGCGUGUGAUAUAGGCGAGUAUCGCUUCAUCCGUGUGUUUAUGAAUUAAUGGGUCUGCAGCAUUGAACUGUGUUUCUGCAGAUGAGUCUUCAUGAAAGGAUCGUGGACUUCCCCCUCUUAGUUUAACGAUUUAUGAAUAGCAGUGUCUCUGCUUCCUAUUGGUCCAACCUUGUGAUUGUUUUCAAGUACAUUUCAUAGACUGAAUGAUGACCUGUUUACGACGUAAAGAGUUUUAAAGUACUGUGGUUAGGCUUGUGCAGUGUCAUAAUCACCGAUAACCAAUCAAAACGAACGUGCAAGGGUUCCAUCACUCUGAUUUCCAACUCUGUUAGCUUUGGCUAUCAGAGCCUGAGGAUGUGAUGGACCCCACAGCCUGUGGGGUCGGUGGACUGAACCAUCACAGCCAGAGGGUCCAGAGGGUGAACCAUUUGAACACCACUGAUUUACAAAGUUCCACAACCACUAGCACAAUCUGAGUGAUAAUUAUAUAAGACAAUUAAUUAUAUGGUCUCUUUUGCCUUGUUUUUAUUCUUUUUUUUUUUUUCCUAAAUGUGAAAGUAAAUGUGGGAAUAAAUCAAUAAACCUAAAAUAGAACUCAUGAUGGAGGGUCUUGUAGAGAGACAGUUAACAGUUUGAACACACUAGCCUUGGGUUUGAGCUGAGACAUGAAUGUUGAUCUAGUUUGAAUCAAUAGGCUGAUUUCUGUGGGAACAUGUUGAAUCUGUGGUGUGAAUCCAGAUGGGUUGAUGACCACAUCUGGCCAACAUAGGAGAGGCCAGGCUCACACCGGGUAUCCGUGAACUUGGAAGUCAUUAUCGCGGAUCCAUGACCACUGAGCUCUGGGUAUUUCUGACUGAGACUCAUUGCCAAUAAACAUUUUUAAUUUUCUAAUUAAUCGGUUGAAGAUUAAAAAGCUGGAUCUGAUUGUCUUUCUACCCUGUGCUUGGUCCUUGAAGUAGUUAGAGGGUUGGAUUCACAAUAAUUCAUUAAUCCAGUGAACUGAUUAAAAACAUGUCUGUAUAUUUUUCUACUUUUAGAGGUUGAUAUCGAUUCUCUUUUAAUCUAGCUGUUAGUAUGUUUUUGUUUUUGUUUAAUCGGUUUCUAGAGAAGCUCAAUCCAAGCGACGAUAAUGUAAGAUAUUGUUGCGUUCACUUGCCUACGUUUACCAUGACGUCCUUACUAACGAAUAUUGAUACCAAUGUCAGUUUCAUAAGUAAGAGAUCGAAUGUAUCCGAUGUGUACAUUAAACCUUAUUAACUGAGGUUUAGUUUCAUUUUCUAUGACUUUAUUAACAAUGCAUGUUUUCUUUUGUAAGUAUGAGCGGUACAAAUUAUAUAUUGUGUGUGUAUGUGGAUGAGAUUAUAUAUUAGGAUAUGCUGGCAGGUUGAUGAAAGAGUAACAUGGUAUUAUAGUCUUGAGAGAGAGUGGAAUAGACUAAAAUAAAAACACAAAAAUAAGGAAAUGUAAUUUUUGGCUAACUUGAAUUAAAGACAUAAAAUUCAUUUUGGUGUGGGUGAGUCCUCUGGCAUCUCUUUCCAUCUUAUUUUACCUGUUUAUAAGUCUAGAUUAUCAAGAUUCUAAACCGAGACUGGUGAAGUCUGUCCACCAGGGAGCGCUGUUGAUAAGGCUGCUGAGGGUUGCUCUUUUGUGAAAGAUUAAUUUUUGUGUUCAAAUGAUAAAUGAGACAGUGCAGUAUUCCUUAGGUGUCCUCUGUGUCUGUUAGUCAAUUAUCCUUAUUUUAUUUAAAUUACUAUAGAACAAUACAU